CAUAUAUACGUAUCUACUUCCAUGCAGCGCGUUUGCGAUGGAGACAGGGAGACCUGAUUGUUAGUUGAGUGUUAAAAUGUGCACCAAUCGACCAAUUGCAGACCAAUCGACUGAGUCAAUUUUCCGUUUGAAAUUUACAGUUCUUCGCAGUCUACAGUGUACCAUGCAGCGAAUGAGAAGAUGUAUUUUUUUUGCCAAUUUUCAACUAUUUCUAUAAUCGUGUAAUUGUAAUAAUGCUGCAUCAAAUGCAGAUAAUACAUCGAAAGGUGUUCGAAAGAAAUCCUUUUUAUCUGCUGCUCCUCGAUGGAAUGACGGGAUGACGGGAUGACGAUUCAACAACCCCAUUGAUGACCACCUCGUGGAUACAAUAUUUUGUGUGAAGGAGCGGCGGAGGGAAAUUACAAACAGCGCAUGCUCGUCCGUACUCCUUCCUUGUUCCUUGUCCUGUAUCCGUAAUCGCUCCAGUAGCAGCUCAGUCGUCAUCAUCGACUCUAGGCGCCGGUCUUGAAAAUCUGUAUUAAAGCGUGAGACUGCAAACAGAGCACUCUGCUAGAAUUGGUAUAAUUAAUUUUGUAUUGGCAUUUUGAAAAGGAUAUUAAAGAAAUUAAAUGCUGAAAUUCGGUCUUCUGCAAAAUUCUUACGUUGCUUAACAUAAAUAUAUAUGUUUCAUUUUAUUAUUAUUUUAUAUGUGUUUUAUUUUGUUGUAUUUAUAUUUAUAUUUAUUUUAUAUCUUAUAUUUUAUACAUUAAAUUUAUUUCAUUAUUAUUUAUAGCAUAUGUAAGAGCUUGUACAACUAUAUCUGUUGCUGUAAUUGCGUUCAGAUUUGAUAUUUACAAAUAAUAUUGAAUUGAAUUUAGACAAACUUGUACAGAGUAUUUUUUACCAAAUUCUUUACUUCAUAUUUUAAUUUUUUCAUAAAUUUCAAGUCAUUUUUUUUCUCUUUAAAAACUGUCAAAGGUUGAUCCUACUUCCUACUUUCAAACGAUUAAAAGUGAAGAAUUGUUUAAACAUGUAAAUUCAAGAGAAUACAUGAUACACGUGAAUAACAUAAAAUCAGUAAAAUUUAUAAUGUAAAAAUUAUAAUUGUACUAAUUUUUAGCAAUUUGACAAUGCUGCGUCGCGUCAUAAAACUGAUUUUUUGACGUCGCGACGCACCGCAUCGGUAUCGCUGCGUAAAGCAAUGUGAUCAGUAGUGGCUAUUUGUUCCAGAAUUCGGAACACGUGUCAACAACGUAGUCGCGUGUUAUUAAGCGUAUCGUAAACCGAUAGACGCAGCUUGGGCGGUGAUAAUAUUAGAAGUAUUUGCUUUCAAAAAAGAAUGUUUAUGUAAUACAAUAUAAAAUAUACGACAUGAUAUUGUGCAUGGUGUAUUGGUGAUAAAAUGUAACAUAAUGUUUGUCCUCGUAGCCUGUGAGAACAUAGUCCCAUUAUCAGCACACGACAAAGGCAGCAUCAAAAUGAUACAUUUGUUUUCUCAAGUCGAGACAUCUUCAGUGGAAAGAAUACAAGAGACCGACGCGGUGAUCGGACAUGGCCUGGCACUCUCUGAAUGGAACAAAGCCAUUGGUCGGCGACAAUUACGUGUUGAAUGUUUUGAAUUACAUUAACGAACUGAAUGAAUCGUUCAGCGUUGAGCAGCUCAAGUGUCUUGAACGCGAAAAUCAGGAACUCGAAAAUCAGAAGCAGGAACAACAGGAAUGCCAAGUCAGCUGGGAUACCAUACUGUGCUGGCCUCGAACGCUUUCCGGUACCCUGGCUACUAUUCCAUGCUUUGACGAACUCAACGGAAUACCUUACGAUAACACUCAAAAUGCUAGUCGCUGGUGUUGGCCGAAUGGAACCUGGGACAAUUAUUCCAAUUAUUCCAUGUGCCGUGACGUACGAUUACCAACUAUCGAGCCCGGUAUAGAAAUUACGACUACGCUAUAUUUCAUCGGUUACAGCAUCUCCUUGUUUACUUUAAUAAUGGCGGUCUGCAUAUUCAUAUACUACAAAGAGUUACGGUGUCUCAGAAACAACAUACACACGAAUCUAAUGUUUACUUAUAUUCUGGCUGAUUUAACAUGGAUUUUAACGACUGUGAUGCAGGUGUCUAUGCAAACGGAUAUACCGACUUGUGUGACAUUCUUCUCACUUCUUCAUUAUUUCCACUUGACAAACUUCUUUUGGAUGUUUGUCGAAGGUCUAUAUCUGUAUUUGUUGGUCGUGAAAACCUUCACUGGUGACAAUAUCAAACUGAGGCUCUGUCUAAUGAUUGGCUGGGGUGUCCCGGUGUUCGUGAUAGCUAUGUGGGGAAUCGCCAAGUCGCUGAAUCAAAAAGUCAUGAACCACCUCAUGAAUCAGACUAACCAGGAAGUGACGCUUUGGAGGCAUUGUCCUUGGAUGAUACCGCAUCCAUAUGACUGGUUUUAUCAAGUAGCCGCUAUAAUAGUCUUAGCAGUAAACAUGGUGUUCCUUUUCAUGAUUAUGCGGGUGCUGAUAACAAAACUCUGGUCUUCUAAUAACGUGGAGACGCAGCAAUAUCGAAAAGCCAGUAAAGCUCUUUUGGUGUUAAUACCACUUCUAGGAGUCACAUACGUGCUGGUGAUAGCUGGACCUACCGAAGGUCAAGUCGCAAAUGCAUUCUCCUAUGCGCGCGCGAUUCUGCUUUCUUCGCAGGGAUUCUUCGUGGCGUUGUUUUACUGCUUUCUUAAUACUGAAGUACAAAAUACAGUUAGACAUCAUUUUGCACGAUGGAGCACCGCGCGAAAUCUUGGCACCCGCCGGAGGUAUUAUAACAAUUGGUCCCCUCGUUCAAGAACGGAGAGCAUAAGAUUGUGCCAGCCGUCAAAUCCGUAUCGAAAGCGAGAGUCUACGGUAAGUGAAACUACUACUACGACAGUGAUAGGCCUGAAUUCCACUACAACGUUCCUCGAUAAAUCCAAAGAGGUUAUCUCGGAGGAUCUCAAUGAAUGAGACAAGAUUCGCGAGAAAGAUUUCAAAGCUAUAGAAGUGACAAACUAUACUGUUACGUGGUACUCUUGACGGGCGAACUAAUGGCAGUUAGUUUAAAAACUGAAAAUCUUCGAAUUUUUCAUGGCUUUUCAAUGAGAAUAAUUUGUGAAUUAAUGAUAAUCAUGUUCAUAUAAACACAAUUUACACAAAAGAAAUAUUCUUCAUAGUCGAUAUUUUCAUAUCUCGCCAAGACUUUAACAUAUUAUUAUUACGGUCUUGUUGAACUACGUACGACGAACUACGACAACACAACUGCGAAAAAUUAUAUGGAUUUCAUUUUUGACAAUCAUAAUACAUGCCAGCGUUAUAACUCGUUAUCGACAAUGUCGAUUUGUAAAAUAUAGCAAAGAUUUUUUUUCACUUUCUAAAUUAGGAAAUAAAUCUUGAUUAAGUAUAAAUCACACAAUCCAUCUUUCUUAAAAAUAUAAGAUAUUAUGUAGAGAGA